AUGAAUGUCUUGGUGAAUGACGGAUCAAGUGUAGGCGCUUAUACACUUGAUCUGGUUAAACCCAUGAAGUCAGCUUCGGAGGUAGUCAAGUUGCCAACGCUAAAAUCUGAAAGAUUCUUGCGAUAUCUGCGUAGUAACAAGAUCAAGCAGAUCUGCGUACUUGACACGGAGGACGAGUACGUCGUCGAUAUUCUGUCGGCACAAGUGUUUGCUGAGAACGAACGGGUUCUCAGUAGCUCAUCAAUGGACGAGAGUGUCCUCGAUGAGAAGACUCGGAUUGAGUGA